GGAGGAAAAACAGCCAAUGCAGUCGUCUCCUUACAGCCAAUAUCGAUCACUGAUCAACCGUGCGGCUGGAAUAUCGCAUGUAACUCGGCAGCGUGCCUCAGCACCGACCAGCGUGAGCGCGUUUUAACAGCAGACAUGAGCGGGGUGUGGAUGUGCUGAAAGCCUGGUAGCACGCUUACCUGUUUGUGUCGGGGUGGUGAUGGAGAAUCUCGAGGAGCCUUCGCCCCUCCGGAUCACCCCUACAGUCCGAGCGCUGAGCUCCGCACUGCGGGGGAAGCGUGAAAAUGUCCCCGAUUCCAGCCGCGGAAACGGCGACAGGAUCUUCCCAGAGCCGGAGAAGCUUUGGUUCAAGGAGAGCAGCGCAAAAAACCUGCGAAACAGGGACUUUCUGUCGCCGACCACGAUGCUUAACACGCUGUAUGCGGACGGACAGGUUCCUCCAGCAGUGAUGUCCCGGGUCCUGUCCCUUCGUGGCAGUGGGGUUCUCCCUGUGGCUGGUGGGGAGGUGAUGGGUGAGGGGCUGAGGGUGAGGGUGGACCGGGCUGCGGCCUUCAGAGCCGUUCUGUCAGGUGGAGCCACCGAGUACCUGAAGCCCUCAAGUGAGAGGCAGGGCUGUGUGGUGCUUAACUGCCCCGCGCUGCACCCUAAACCCAACACACCCACUCCUGAUACACUGACUCUGGGCCAGCUGAGGACUGUUCUGUUGGCUGACCACAUGGGGGCGCUGCUGAGAGGACAGGGAUUUGCAGUGUCCUGUUGUCCCACGCUCCCAGAAGACAGCGACAUCAUCACCUUUCUCCGAGCUCUAGGAAUCGAUUGGCCGACAGCGCCGGCCAACUGGACCAAUGAGGAGCGUGAGGAGAAGAUCCAGGAGGCGCUGGAGAACUGCCCAUACAGAGAGAGGGAAACAGAGAGAGGCAGGAGGGCGAGCGGAGGGGGAGGAAGGAAGGUGGAGGAGGGGGAGGACGAGGGAGCGCUCAGGGUCAACCUGAAACGAGUGUUCCAGGAAGAGGGGCUGCUGGGAUAUGACCCUAGCCUUGGUACCUGCACAGUACACAGGGACAGUGUCUCCCACCUGGCACAACUGGACCUAGCUACAACUGACUGCACAGUAGCCAUGGCAACAGCGUUGCAUGUGACUUCCUGUCAGGAUGAGUUCCGCCAGCAGCAGAUCGCAAUGCUGUGGAGAGCCAGUGGAGCGACACAUACACAGAGACAUCUGGUGUGUGGGCCUGUGAAGACUCCUGGUUCUCACCUCACUGCUGCACAGUACCUGCAGCUGAGAAGAGGACAAAUGAAGGAGGCCUCAGAGAUGAAGUAUGGCGAUCAAGUAGAAGGUCAGACGUGGGAUGACAUCAUCAGGGUCAUGACCUCUGCCACUGUCAGAUUUGAGCUGCUGUCAACGGUCCACACUAGUCCUGUGACACUUGACGUCCAGAAGGAAGGGGGUGUGUCCACCAAAGGGCCAAGAGGAGGAGUGUUUGUGAUGUACAACUGCGCCAGACUGCACACUCUGUUCGACAGCUACGAGAGAGGAGUGGAGAAGGGUCUGUACCCAGAAAUCCCUGAGGCUUCCCAGCUAGAUUUCUCUGCCCUGAAAGAGGAGGGCGAGUGGCUUCUCCUGUUCAAUUACCUCAUUCCGUUCUCCGAGCUGCUGGACCAAUCGGGACGAGCGUUAGACGGAGAAGGGGGAGGAGCCAGGGUCAAUAUUAAGACUGAACAGAUCUGUAAAUUUCUCGUGUCUCUCAGUAAAGACUUCAGCUCGUACUACAACAGAGUCCACGUGCUGGGGGAGCCGUUGCCUCAUCUCUUCAACCAGAUGUUUUGUCGUCUGUAUCUGUUGAGAGCCUUGAGAGAGCUCUACCACAGCGCUCUGGACACCCUCAACCUUCCCCCCAUCAGGCAACUAUAGCCUCGACACGAUUCACUCCUGCUUUGACCACCGUUAGCCCUACCUCCCCACCCACCUCACACACACACACACACACCCCUCACAAACACCCCUCAAAACACACACUCACCUAUGUUUUGCAACUGUAGCUUCAUCGUAGAAACACAUUCUUAGCCUUCCCUAUUUUCUGGCAUUGUUACAGUCAGUUUCCCCCUAUGUAGCUUCUACAGCUCUUUGUGAUUGAUCCCUGUGGCUGGACAGAUGCCGGAACUCAUCAAUCAUGUAAGGUGACAUUGGUAAACUCUGAACUCUGCACACUGUGAGUGAGUUCAGCUUGAUCGGGACAGAUUAAUGUGGUUAGAAAGUGUUUUUAUAUUGUUUAAGGAAUGAUUUGCUAUUUUGGGAAAUGUAUUUUUUUUUAAAUUUGCUUCUUAGCUUAGCUUAGCUUAGCACAAACAAAAGCUAGCCUGGCGGCACCUUUAAAGCUCACUUAUUAAUGCAUUGUUUCUUCUGUGUUCUGUGUAAUAGACCCUAGGCGGUGAUGACAUUUGUGGCUUUACAGGGCGUUACGUGCUGUAAUGAUUUCUUGGUCAUGCCAGGAACCUCCCGGAGUCUCCACUGGUUGCCUGGGUAACAAAAUGUGCCUGCCAGCAUCUCUGAAACUCACUAAUUAGCACGUUAUAUCUUGUUUGUUUAAUCCAUACAAAAAUGUGUAAGAAGGACAAUUUGAUAUUUCAUGGGGCUAUUAUUUAUUGGAUUGUUUCUUGGCUUGGGCCAGUUGCCAGGCAACCAGCAGAGACUCCAGGAAGUUACUGUUCUCAAGAAAUAGUCUGGCACAUAAACCCACUAAAAGAGCUAAUUGUUGUUUUUGCACUUCAGUUUUUGUACAGAUUUAAACAAACAAGAAUCAGUUAGUGAGCCUGAAUUGCUGGUAGGUAGAUUCUUUGGACAGAGCUGGGUAAACUGUUCCCUGUUUGCAGCCUUUGUGCUAAGCUAAGCUAAUGGGGUAGUUCCCAAAAUAUCAAACUAUUCCUUUAAAUCUGGAUUAGCUACAUUUGGGUGUAGAUUUCCCUCCAUUAUGGAUACCCCGCAGCAGAAUUUUAACAGCUAAAUGGGGCAAAAGGUACAGUGUCUCAGUUAGCAAACAUGGGAUGUUUUAUAUUUUCCUGUUGAAGUUCUACUUUGUAAUUAUAAGUUCCCUACUUAUGUGACCAUACAGUACAUUUUAACCUAACAACAAAACCCACCAUGAUUCUGGUGCCAAAAUCCCAGCAUCAGUAUAGGCAACCCAGCUAAACUGUAGUGAGAUUCUAAAUUGCCUUAUCAUCUCAGUACCUACUAUUUAAUGUCACUAACAGUCUCCCCUCUUUGAAACACAAAUGUCUUAGUCACUGCCUAAAAAAAUCUUACUUUUUAUGAGGCUUUGUUGUUGAGGGUCCAGUUUCAUGUAUGUUGGCCACCUUGCAUUUAUCCAUACCACACAAAUAUUUAUUGUCAGUUUAGAAAAAAACUGUAGACCUGUACAUUAUACAAAUAUAUAUAUAUAUAUAUAUAGAGAGAGAGAGAUUCUGCAUAAUGAGUCUUAUUUGCUGUGUUCAUAUGAUAAUUCACAGCCCUCAGAUUAGUUAUACUCUUUGUGCUUGACAAAUCACAAAUGUUCAGUAUCAAACAAACAUGUACCAGAUAAACAGGUGUGACAAAAACAGUACAUUAGCAGCAUUUAGGACCACGUGCCAAAAUGUUAGAAUAUGCAUGAAGUGGCAUGAAAAUAAUGUAUAUGAAGAAUUUUAUGCCAAAAAUGUUAUUUUUAAAUUUUGGGAAGGGAAAAAUACUGACCUAAAGUUGAUCCUUUGGUAGUUCUGAAAUGGGAAAUGGGUUGUUGCCGUUUCAGUUACCUACUGUUUGUUAAAAUGUGCCAUAACUUGUUUACUUGUUUUAAUCUUGUUUUAAUUUCAGUUGUGUCGUACACAAAGAUCAAAUAUCUUACAUAUUCACUUCUCACUGCAUGAAAUGUUGUUUGCUCCUGUUUCAACUAUGAAUUUUUUUUAAUGGACUACUUCAAUGGACAAUUCAUUUACUAAAGAAAAGGGAAGGGGAUGUUUACAACAUGCUGAUUUAUUUAUUUACAGUAACUGUCUCGUUAACUGUCACUGUAAUUACCACAGUAUUAAAGCAUGAGAGAUGCAGGAUGAGGGACUUAUACUGUCCCACUGUGUCUAUAAACAGAUUUAUUGUAAGUAUAGAUGCAGUGUGUUCACUUACAAUGGUGUGUUUCUGGUGCUGCCAUGUUUUCACCCAUCAGGCUUCAACAUCUCUGACCUUCAGCCAUUUCUUGUUCUUUUCUUCUUCCCCUUUGUCAUCAUUUCCUCCAUCUCUCUGAUAAGAGCCCUUGUACGUCACUCACUACAUGAGUCCUCACAUGUGGCGCUUAAGCCGACCUUUCCUAAUUUUAGUUCCACAGGUUUUGGAUGUUCAAGUACUUGGGAUUAAUUUUCUUCAUGCAGAUGUCUGGAAAUCCUGAUAUGAGGGUUUUUUCAGCUGAAACUGUGGAAGCCCAUUUCUGCCAAUGUGAUGAAAAAAAAUAUCCUGGAAGUCCAUAUAAUGAGAAACUUUCUCGAAAUAAUGACUUAGUUUCUCAAAAACAAUGAGAAACCUUCUCAAAAUGAGUUUCUCAUUAGUUUGAGAAACUAACUCAUUAUUUUACAGCUUUGUGACGAACACCAUCAAUUUCUUUUCUCUUGUUUUCAAUAGUGAAAAAAAAAAAAAUUCUGAAACCAAAUAAAAAUCAGCAACACCAGUGCAUAGCUUUGCAUCCGGUAACAUUUACAGUAUUUGCCUCAGCUUCACAGGACAUUCUUUCUUAUCCUGGAAAACGUCCCUUUGUCUCUGACCCAGAAGUAUAUCCGCCCAUCUGAAUCUAAAUAAUACUGCCAAACGUACUCCUACACACAUCUGUCCACCCACACUUUCGGUGACUCUCCCAUCUGCAGAAUUAAAACCACCAUGACGGACUCUCUCGCUGUGUGUUUGUCUCUGGCUUCAGCGUCAGACAGAUGUACAUACUGAUGCUGUUAUUCUGUAGAUACAUCCCCCUGUGCUCCGUUGCAGCGCACUGCCCUUAGGUCAGUUACAUAGAUACAACAAUAACCCACACUCUGCAUGGAUGCACAGUAUAUGCUGUUAACGGUGAUCCAUCAUUGUAGAUACAACCCUGGUAAUGUGACGUACCAUUUGUCUUUGCCCUUUUUCUCUGUGUACAUCCUUUCCUCUUGCAUGGAUUUCUAACUCUGUGUUUUCUUCCCUUCUGUCUGUUGAUCAUCAUUUCCCUUCUUGGAAGCUCAGUUACAAAAAGAAGGCACCGAUUAAUGGCUGAUUUCAAGCCAAAGAUUUGCUACUCCUUUGCCAGAGUAGGAACAGUGCAGAAACAGAUGAUUUUAUUUGCUCACAUGAAAUAUACGUUUUCAUAUUUUAUAAAUGAGGCUGUCUGCUGACUUUGUGAAUAUACAUCUACCCUGAAUGGUGUAGUCUGUCCCAGUUUAAUCUCCAUCCUGCUUUUUUUUCUCCCUCCAUCUCCUCCUGUAUCUGCUGUCAAUGCACAGACCUUUGACCUGUAUGUUACAUAUACUGUAAUGCAGCUCUUCUUUGAUCCUUGUUUUGGUGAGUAAACCGGCAUCAAAGCAGUUGGUUCUUCUGGAUUCAGAUUGGAAAUCCAUACUAUCUUUAUGUGUUAUUACAUACAGAUGCAACUGUGUGAUCGUGGGUUUAUGAAACUUGAUAUAUACCGUAUUUAUGAUGCCACUUGGCCCCGGACUCUUUUUCCUCUCAUUUGAUUUCUUCCUUAUGCGGUUUGUUCUUACUGUGAAUCAUUUUCUUUCUUCUUUUGUUCUUAUGUUCCUUUCCCUGUUUAUUUCCUCUCUAAUCCCUCAGCUGUCCUCCUGAUUUCCAAACAUUUAUCCAUUGUUUGUUCCCCUAUUGUUCUCUCUUUUCAUUCAGUCAAUAAAAUAAAUAGGAAGGUGGAAGGAAAAGAAGUGACAGACUGAUUAUGAACCAGACAGUAAAUUUCAAACUUUAAUGUGACAUGUACCACUGCAGAAGGUCCUGCAUUUCCAUUCUUUCUCACUGUUCCUGUCUGAUGUUCUGUGCCAUUAUAUGUGGCACAAAUCACACACGUGCACACACAAGGGUUGGACCAGUUAACUGUAGUGCUGAUGUUCAGUGUACGUAUAAAUUUAGCAUUACUUAUAUUAUAAUCGAAUAAGUGUCCUUUCCUCCAGAAUUAAAUUCUUGUCUGGGUUGAAAAGCUUGGGAGAAAAUAUUUAUCCAAUCACACGAGUCUUAAAACCAGAGAAGUAAAAGGGUUGUAUCUGUCUAAGCCUAACACACACACACACACAUCUGUGUGUCUCACUUACAACUUUUUUCCUUCCUUGAAUCUA